AUGCAUUUAUAAUUACAAUUCCAACGAUUCUUAUAAUACUAGCCAGAGAGUUGUGUAGGUCUAAAGAGAGAGUACUGAACAGCGUUGCUACUACCACACGGAGAAGGUGAAGCGGCCCGAAUAAAGCCAAUCGCUCUACAGAAGAAACCAGUGGCAGUGAACACAGCUAGCAGACAAGGACAAAGAGAAUUAUUAUUGAUUUUGAUAGGAGCUGCUCAAAACACCAGCCAUAUUAUGGAGGAAACGAAAGUCAUAUACUACAUUGAUGACGAGGAAACCCCGUACCUGAUGAAGAUAGGCAAGCCACCAGAGCUGGUCACCCUUGGAGACUUCAAGGGACAGCUGAAUCGCACAUACAUCAAGUUCUUUUUCAAGUCAGAAGACGAUGAUUUUGGUGUUGUUAAGGAAGAACUGGCUGAAGAUGAUGCUCUACUGCCCCAGGUCAAUGGUCGUGUGGUGUGCUGGGUGGUCACAGAGUCCAAUGUGUCAGGAUCUGAGGCAGGUGGCUCCAAGGGAGACUCUGAAUCUGUGAGAGGGGGUAAAGAAGCUGACGGAAUGUCGAUUAUCUCAGGGACCUCUAAGGCCUCGCGUCGUCACCAUCACAAGCAUCGUCACAGCUCCUCGGGUCGACAGCACCGCUCACACAGACAUCGCGUGGGCGGGGGAAGCACAGUGAGCGGCACUGAUCUAGAGUCUGCCACGGACUUCACCACGGAAACAGAGACCUCUUGCUGCGAUACUGAAGACGCUACAAGCCGUGUCAGCUCCAGCACUCUCACAUCACUUAGACCACGCAAGAAGAUUCUCACCAAACACCGACCCAAACUACCUCGAAGCAUCUCCACCAGCACCAUAACAACCACCACAAUGACAGAUCUCUCCACCACACAGAUUGUUAAAGUCACACUCAAUAUGGACACUGUUAAUUUCCUUGGUAUCAGUAUAGUGGGACAGACCAAUGAAGAAGGAGCAGGAGGCAUUUAUGUGGGCUCAGUCAUGAAGGGUGGAGCAGUGGCAGCUGACGGGAGGAUAGAGCCUGGGGACAUGUUGUUGGAGGUUAACGACAUCUCCUUUGAGAACAUGAGCAAUGACGAUGCUGUGAGGACACUCAGGGAGAUUGUACAACACCCUGGGCCCAUCACACUGACAGUGGCCAAGUGCUGGGAGCCAGAGCCAAUAGUGCCCAACUUUGAGCCAAGAUUGGAACCAAUUCGUCCUAUUGACCCGUCAGCCUGGGUCAUGCAGACCAAUCAGCAUCAAGCUGACUACCAAGCCUAUCGUCGCCAGUUUGCCGGGAGCCCCACUCUGAGUACUAUGACCUCAAACUCCUCCCCAAGCCUCACCUCGUCCAUUCCUGAAUCUGAACGUGACCUGGUGAAGCUCACGCUGACCACGCCCAUGUAUAGGAUAGCGAAGGCCCUGGCCACACCUAAAUCUGGACUAGAAGUAACAGAUCGAAUCUGGCUCAAAAUGACCAUUCCUAAAUCCUUUAUUGGCUCUGACCUGGUAGACUGGUUGCAUACCAACGUGGAUGGUUUCAUCGAUCGCCGCCAUGCUAGAAAGUAUGCCGCUCUCAUGCUCAAACAUGGCUUCCUACGUCACACGGUCAACAAGAUCACAUUCUCUGAGCAAUGUUAUUACGUGUUUGGGGACUUCAAGGCAGCUGCCAAUUCACUGCCCUCAGAAUUCAGCCACCUUGCCCUCAGCAAUGACUCGGGAGACGCGGACACUCUGGGUCCGUUGCCAGGACAACACGGAGGCUGGGGUUCAUCUGAUGGAGAGUUCUCUGUUGCAUACGAGUAUUACCAGCACAAGCAGCCGGGGCAGAUGUCCAACUCCAGCAAAUCAAGCUCCCCAUCUCCUGGAGACAAACAGCAUAUGUAUGCCAGCAGGUCAUCUGGUAGCAGCUCGGCCAGUGGCACCUCUAACUCUCAACAAUCUCGUCAACAACGCCCCUCGAGCGGAAACUCUAACUCUAAUAACCGUGGCAACAUGGCUGUUCAUCCGUAUAAUCCUAACAUACGUCGUUCACCGUCAAUAAGCUCGUCAAGCGAGUUUACGAGUGUCUCCCAGCAACAGAUGCCCCCACCCCCGCCAUACCAACAUCCUCAAGGAGUUGGGGUUCUUGUGGAGCCAGACCGUGCAGCAGUUUUUCUGGUCUUCCAACAAUCCUGUGCAUAGGUUGCACACGUUAAAGAGGUACUGUGGUUCGUUUUGGCUUGAGGGCUGCCCAGAUGUGGAAGAAAGAAUUCUGUGAUCUGUUUGCUCAUUUUUCCUCUAAUUACCAACGCGCCGUCUAAAAAUAAUUACUCGCACAUGUGGAGCUCCAUUUGGAGUUUCAAAAUUACUUUAGAGGCUUCAUGGCGCAUCUUUAGAGGGGAGCCUUAAAAAGAGCUUAUACGGUAUACGUGUACUGAUCGAGUCUGUUAGUCUGUUAGUCUCAUUUCUUGUAUUAUAUUGUGCAUAUGCCAUAUUCCUUCCGCCAUUGAGUCUAUUUGUUCACAUUACAUGUACUUAGUGCUAUACAUGUGUGGGCGUAUCAUUUCCUCUUUCACACAGAUAUAGUAUUGUAAUCCACGUACACCAUUUCCUUUGCUGACCCUCACCCUAUCCACACUACAGGCCUGGCAGAGAGGAUAGACAUUGAACACCCUCUACUCAACAACGAGAUUGAGACAACAGAGUUCAUACAUUUGGCGGCUUAUUUCGACAACGUGAGAAUGUACUCUCUAGCGUUGGGACUCACUCCUGCUCAGCAAGCUGAUG